AUGACUACCUCGCUGACCCUGAAAGGUUCUGAGUUUGAUUACAAUUUGCGAGGAAAUCUUUAUCUCAUCAAUGGCGAAGCCGUUGUGAUCGGUGACUACAAAUGGUGUCUUCUCGCCUUUCCCAAGGGAGAUAGACAAGUACAUUCCUUGUCUUUGUAUUUAGAACUGGCUGAUUAUAAAUCAUUGCCUUCUGGGUGGAGAAGCUACGCCAAAUUUCGGUUAAGUAUUGUAAAUCAACUUUCUGAAGAACUCUCUGUACAACGAGAAUUUAAACACUGCUUUAAUCAGAAAUAUUUUGGAUGGGGUAAUAAAGAAAUGCUACCCCUUACCAAACUUCAUGCCAAAGAUGGUGGAUUCCUGGUGGAUGAUGAACUACUGAUUGUAGCUGAAAUAGAUGUUUUUGAAGUUAUUGGCACAAAAGAUGUGUCUAAAGAGGCACUUAAGAAACCUUUAUCGGAAAAGGAAAGCGUGGAUGUCAAUGGGUUUCAAGUUCUUCCUUCACAGGUAGAAUCCGUGAGACGUAUAUUUGAAUUGCAUCCAGACAUUGCAGCAAAAUUCCGUGGAAAGAACCAACAUGUGAGGACGGCAUGCAUGAACUUCUUACUCAGUCUUAUGGAGAUGCUGCGCCAACCACUUAAGGAGCUCUCCAAUGAAGAUCUGGAGGAAGCUGACAUUAUGCUGGAAUAUUUGAAAAAUGCGUAUUUUAAGGUUGAUUGGUUGGAGAUGGAGCUGGAGCAAGUCAAAGAAAAGAAGGAGACUGAAAAGGCUUAG